UUAUUUAGUUCAUUUAUAACCUUUGUUUAGGUAGUGUUGUGCUGAUAAUAUAUUGAAGCUGAGAAAGACCUAAAUUGAGAAGAUGAUAUUAAUUUAAUGAACAAGCAAUAAGUUAAUAACUAUUAUUUGAAAAGGAUUAGAUCAUUUUCGCCGAAAUUAUGAUGACAAUAGUGAAUAAAGAUUUUGAUAAGAAUAAGGUGUUGUGAAUACCAUGGAUCCAGGAAUUAUAUGUUUUCAGCACUGCGGUCCAAAAAUAUUUUGUUUUGCGUUACCUGAAAAUUGUCCAUCAUGUCAAAAAGACUUGGAAAUGGAAAAUUUUUCUCUCUUGCCUUUCAGAGUUCCUUAUCCUUUUGUAAAAGCAUCUCAGUAUCGUUGUGCAGUUGUUAUCAAACCAACGACAGGAGAUUUUUUGAAUGAUUACCAUAAUUCCAAAGAUCUACAUAUUGGAGUCACUACAUCUGAUGGGAAAAUAGUAGAAUUCGAUAGGCACGGACUCAGAUGUCACAGAAGCACGCAAUGGAAUCAAUGUCUCCUAUUAGAACAAGUACAUGGAUCUUGGAGAGAACAUUGGGACAAUGUUCUCAUGAAAAUUUGUUACCAGAAAUGUUGGUCGCCCGAAUUAUACAGAGAGGACACUCAUAAUUGUUUCACAUUUGUUUUGACGUUUUUAGUAAAUUUGGGUUAUUCUUCUUUGAGUUUGGCCGCUAAAAGCAAAACUAAUUUUUGCGAAAAAUUUAUCAUUCCCAGAACUAGCUCUGCAGGAAAAUAUAUAUCGGUUUAUAGGAGGCUGAAACACGGCAUUUAUGUCCAUAGGAACAGUAAAAACUGAGAUAUGUUUUAGAAAUUGUUUGUCUUAAUUAACCCUCUACUGCAGGGCUGGGCAAAUACUUUUAAGGGCGUGAAAUAUUCGGAAUGACAACUGAGCCGGAAGACCAUACCUCACAAGCAAAUAUUUUGGGUGAACAAAAACACUAUAAUUAUUUUAAAUCAUUUGGCCAUAGAAAUUUUAUAGUUGAUAAUAGGUACUAGUAAUAAUGAAUUAUCCACUGUUUCAAUUUAAUAUUAAUUAUAAUACAUUAAAAAAGUGGACAAUUCAUUAUUACUAUUAUAAUUAUUUAUAUUAUUAAAGAAUAAUUUAUUAUAUUUCCAAAAUACAGAAUAUAAUAUUAAGCUAAUUACCUGUUUUAUGAGAGUAUGUUGCAUACAUUAAAAUAGGGAUAAUUGUAGCUAUUCGAAAUUAUUGUUGAUUCUAUUAAAAUCGCUUACAAUAAGAAAUUAAAAAAAUUGCAUGCAGGAUUUUUCAACAGCCCGGAUAAAGUAAGCAAAAGGGUAAAUCCCACCCCGAUCGGACCCCUGCUUUAAUGCAUGAAUUAUGAAAAGAAUGAAAAAAAAUAUUUAGUGGUUUGUUUAGGCUUUAUUUGGGGAUAAGAUUUAUUAAAAAAACGAAAAUUAAAAAAAAAUUACUUGCAUAAACAAAUGGUUAGUAUCAAAAUAAAAACUGCAAUAAUUUUAAUCUUGAAAUGCCUUUGUCGUAACAUUUUCUACACUUUUUGUAAGUUUUUUAGCCACAAAAUUGACAUUUCUGCCGAUGGUUUUUCAUCAAAUAUAUGAGUAAAAUUGAACCUUUUAUUUUACUACUGUACAUUUUUUAUUUCUGCAAAUUAUACAGUAUAUACAAAAAGAUUUCAUCUGAUAGUAGACAGAGGGUGUUAUUUGAAAUUAUAUACUGGUCAUUUUAGACAUAUGAAGUUACAUAAAUUUGGUUAAAAUCAGUGAAAUUGUUUAAAAUAUAAUUAAAAAUAAUAUUUGAAAGUUUGUUAUCAUUCCCAUAUAGUGAAAAAAUUUAAUUAAAGGUCAAAAAUAAAAAAAAUAAGUUUUUUUGUGAUUUUCAUAAAAAAGUGAGUUUUAUCGUAAAAAUACCCCAGACAAAAAUUGUAGAUCAUAAAAUUAUCUACAACAAACGUGUCGAUACUUCUUUUCAUACGAGCCACCGUUUUUGAGAUAUAAUGAUUUAAAAAGUUGUAAUCGUCAUAAUAUGCAUGAAUACGCCUCGAAUAUACAUCUCUACAGUUGUAAUAUAAGUUAAAAUUUUCAUACAUGCCAGGUUCAGAAUCAUAAUAAAAAUAUGCUAAUUUGUCGUUUUUGAAGUCGCAGAAUCCAUUAGUUAAUUCCAGUAUUACCAAUCAUAGAAAUAAUUGUCUUCUGGUUCCGUUUUCUGUACUGGAUUUUUGAAUUAAACGAAAUUCCAUAGAAAAAUAUAUUUUUUGAAAAGUUAUAAGCCACUUAACCUAAGCUAAUGUAAACCUAACCUAGUCGAGGUUAAUGUAAACCUAAUCUAACCUUAACUAACUUGGAAGUACUUCGAAAACCUCACAGACGUUAGAGUCCCCUCGGGAAGAUAUUCAGUAAUGGAGUCAAGGAUGUUGCAACUGUUAAUGUACCUGUGGAGUUCUUUUGGAGGAAGGAGAAAGAUCAAUAAAUGUAUUCGUUCCUGGGUCUGUUUAAUAACAUUCCAAUUCGAAUGUAAAAAAAUAUAUAAAAACAAAAAAAAUUCAAUUCAAACAAAUUUAUUAUUAUUAAAACCGAAAAUAUUGAUUUCCGACAUUUGCGACCUUCGAAAACGCUAAACUAACGUGUAUUAUGAUCCUGAAUCGAGUAUAUCGAGUUCUGAUGAGGUUAAAUCGGCCAAAACCGGUUAAUUUAUAUUUCAACAAUUAUUCUGCCUUAUGGCAGUUUAUCAUUCCUAC